AUGUACCUCUUUGAUAUGCGCCUGCAGGGUGCCUCCAAGGCUCUGUCUCGCAAGCUUGUCGCGUGCCAUGGUCGCGUUGGGGAGCCGUGGUUGUGCAGGGGGGUUGUGGUGAAGAAGAAGAAGAAGAAGAAGAAGAAGAAGAAGAAGAAGAAGAAGAAGAAGAAGAAGUUAGGGCGCCGUGCUGAGGUGAAGCUGCAACGGACGUCAGCGAUUCGGGAGCCAGUAGCGUGCCGCCGAAACUGCAGCGAAGCUCCAUGGAAAAGUCGCACCGGCGCGUUCAGCCUCAAAGCUUGGCGCGUAGCCGAGCUGGACCGUGCCCAGUGCAAGGCCAUGGUGAAGGCGCUGAGGGACAACAAAGAAAAGAAGAAGAAGAAGAAGAAGAAGACGAAGAAGAAGAAGAAAAGUGCGUGCAGAGGUCCUGUUGCCUUGGCUCAGUGCGCCCAUGGUCUACCGGCCGGUGCUCUUUGCUCACAGAUUGCACGUGCCCAGGCUCGCCCCCAUCCCCGUUUUUCAACACCAGCCCUCUCCUUCAGCCUAAGCAUUACCAAGAGAAAGGAUAUGUCAGAUGAAGAACCAGACCUCGAGCUCCUAGAGCUUCUCCGCGCCCGCUUCGGCCUCAACAACAAAAAUGAGGGUCCACCAGACACAAAAGUCCUCUCCUCCGCCCAGUUCAUCUACGACAACAGCACCGACGUCGCCCUCGACAUGCGCUCCACCAAAGCUGCUGCAACCCUCAUCCACGCUGAAAUGCAAAAACGCGAAUAUAGCGCCGCAACCUGGUCGCAGCAGCCGCUGCACCCCCAAUCCAAAGACGAGGCCACGCUAAACUUCAUCUUCACCAUGGACCUGCUAAACUUCAGUUUCUGGAGCGAGAAGAGUGAAGAGGAGCGCUUCGCUAUUGUCUAUCAAGGGAAGCGCUGGACCGGCUACUUCAGCCUCGUUGCACUGCUGCAACGUGCGCUCGAACAGGAUAUCCCCAUCACAAGCCCCUCCUUCUGGAUCGACGAAGAAACCUGCACCGAGGAGGUUUUGCGCACCGUCUUCAGCUCCGGCACAGAAGGGGGCGAGGAAAUCCCUUUGUUCGCCGAACGUGUCAAGUGUCUGCGUGAAGCAGGGCGUGUUCUAGACGAAGAAUUCGAUGGCAGCGUCGCCACGCUCGUUGAAGAUGCCCAGGGCUCUGCAGCUCGCCUGGUCAACCUGCUGGCCGAGAAAUUCUCGUGUUUCCGCGACGAAGGCACCUUUGAGAAGAAGAGCGUUCGGUUUCUGAAAAGAGCGCAGAUCUUCGUGGCGGACGUGUGGGCUUGUUUUCAGGGCGAGGGUUAUGGCGAGUUCGAUGAUGUUGAUAACAUCACCAUGUUUGCCGAUUACCGUAUCCCCCAGAUUUUACAACAGCUCUCCAUAAUAUCGUAUUGUCCGCCGCUGGCAAAUGCGAUUGAGCGAUUCCAGCCGAUAGAGUCGGGACAUACGUGGGAGAUGCAGAUCCGUGGCUGCAGUAUCUGGGCUGUGGAGCUGCUCAGAAGAGAGAUUGUGAAGCUGAAUCCCGAAGCAAAGGUCAAUGCUGUUCUCAUUGAUUUCUUCCUAUACGACCUGGCGAAAGAAAGAGAGAAGGAGGCGUUGGAGGGCGGUGGCGAGGUGAUGCCGCAUCAUCGAACGAGGAGUAUUUGGUAUUGA